AUAAGACUAAAAAGUUGAAAAAUAAUAAAUAAUAUCAUAUCGUUUUGACGUUUCAAUUUAUGUCACUUCUAGGUUCGAGUUGCGUUUAUUCGUGAGCAGCAUUACAUAAAAAUUUAUUUUUUAAUAAUAAGUUUUUUAAUUUUCAUGAAAAAUGACGGAUAUUGUAAAACAAGCAGAGUCCUAUGAAGCAAAUGAACUGUUUGAUAUUAAAAACUCAUACUAUAUUGGAAACUACCAACAAUGUAUAAACGAUGCUCAGAAAGAACCGCCAAAUUAUGGAAAUUUACGUUUACAACGUGACAUAUUUAUGUAUCGUGCUUAUUUAGCACAAAAAAAAUUUGGCAUUGUUCUAGCAGAAAUAAAAAGCAAUUCAGCAGCAGAAUUGAAACCAUUUAAAUUAUUAGCUGAAUAUUUACAAAAUUCAGGUGAUAGGAGUUUAAUAUUAAAAUCAUUAGAACAAGAAUUGGAAAGUAUGUAUGAAAUAAAUCAUUCACUUGUUAUUGUUGCGGCAACAAUUUACAAUCAUGAACACAAUUAUGAAUCUGCUCUUCGAGUUCUUAAUAAUGAUGAUACUCUAGAAGGUGUUGCAUUGUCUCUGAUAAUAUAUUUAAGAAUGAAUCGAGUAGAUUUAGCUAUUAAAGAAUUUCGAAAGCUAAGAGAGAAGGAUGAAGAUGCAACAUUAACACAAAUGGCACAAGCUUGGUUAAACUUGGCAAUGGGCGGAGAAAAAUUACAAGAAGCAUACUACAUAUUUCAAGAACUAACUGAUAAGUAUGGAGUCACAGCUUUACUAUUAAAUAGUCAAUCAGUAUGUUAUAUUGGACAAGGUGAAUAUAAAAAAGCAGAGAUUUCUUUACGUGAUGCUUUAGAAAAAGAUAGCAAUGACAUUGAUUCCCUAGUAAAUUCAUUGUAUAUUUCUGGUCAUGUGAAAGUACCAGUUGAUGUAACUAAAAGGCAGUUAAAUAUGUUACGAGAUGCUUACCCCAAUUCUGAUUUUAUUAAAACUUAUAAUAAAAAAGAAGCUGAAUUUGAUUUAUUAUCACAAUCAUACCAAUAAUUAUCCAUGUAUUAAUACAUCUUGUGAACUAAAUAUAUAUAUAUAUAUAAAUAUA